GUGUGGUUUGAUGCUAACACUGACUACAAACUUAGCAGUGUGGAUGUCAGCAGUGACGGAUGAGUCUGUUCACAAAGCACAUUCAAAGUUGAAGAAGAACGUGACAGAUGAAAUCUUCAGAUGGCUCCUGAAAGUGGGAAUGAGAAGUAGCUCAGCUGAAGAAUGCAAUUGCAACAGCCAAAUCUGCCAGAUCUUCAAGAACGGCUACUUUUGGCUGUACCCCUUUAACAUUGAGUACAGUCUCUUUGCCUCUGCCAUGGUCUAUGUCAUGUGGAAGAACGUUGGACGCUUCAUAGACCACCACUCCCACCACAUCCACCACCUGAAGUUCAGGCUUUUCCGAAGGACCUUCUUUGUAGGCAUUGUGUUGGGCCUCAUCAUUCUGGUGAGUGGUUUGGGAGUCCUUAUUCUGUAUGAGGUGCAGGUAAAUUCCAGCACUGAAUCCAGUAAGAAGAGUCAAGCACUCACCAUGUACUACAUCUUCAACAUUGUUUGUCUGGGCAUGAUGUCUCUUGUCUGCAUUGGUGGCUCUGUCAUCUACCGGUUUGACAAGAGAGACAUGGAUCGGCACAAGAACCCAACCAGGACCCUGGAUGUGGCCCUACUGAUGGGUGCAGCCUUGGGGCAGUAUGCUAUUUCUUACUACUCCAUUGUGGCUAUUGUAGCCAGCACACCAAGGGACGCUAUCAGCGCACUCAACCUCACCUAUGCCCUCCUAAUGAUUGCUCAGCACACCUUCCAGAACAUCUUCAUUAUCGAAGGCCUUCAUCGGCAACCCCCCAAGGAAGACCACAAGCAUGAUUCUCACCAGAAGGAUCUCUAUGGACUCACCUUUGUCAACAUCAAUGCAGUGUCCCUCCGUGUGCCCGACAGUGGCAGCACCUUGGCCCCUAGCACUGCCUCUGGCACUGAAGCCACCCAUCCUUCUGACCUCGUGCGGUCCCUCACCGCCCCCAAGAAGAUGAACUGGAGGAGGAAGUUCUUGAGGGAGAUCUCCAUGUUCCUCCUGCUAAGCAAUAUCAUACUCUGGAUCAUGCCAGCCUUUGGUGCCCGGCCCCAGUUUGACAAUGACACAGAACUGAACUUCUAUGGCGAUUCCAUGUGGCCGGCCAUUGUGGACAUUUGCCUGCCCUUUGGGAUCUUCUACCGAAUGCAUGCAGUGGCCAGUUUGCUGGAGGUCUACAUCAUGUCCUAA